AUGCUGGCGCGCCUGGCCACCGCCUUUGACGGCGUGCAGAGCAACCUGUCCCAGGCAGGGGCCACCAGCGCCGCCGCCGAGGACGCUAUGGGCAGGGCCGCCGCCGCCUUCCGGCCCAGCACGCAAACGCAGCAGCUGCUGCCGCCGCCGGAGCUGAGCAAGCCGUGGAAGCAGAUGAACCGAGACGAGCGGCGAGCAUACCUGACCGCCGUGCGGGACCAUUAUGGGGAGGGCAUCUUGUACGAGCGCUCGCUGCGGCGCAGCGGGCGCAGCGUGCUGGCGCUGUUCGACCCCCGCAUGCAGCAGCAGGCCGAGGGCCACGUGUGGACGGCGGCGAUGCCGGGCGCGGGCGUCCUGCACACGCGCACCGGCCCUCACGGCCGCCGCACGCAGCUGGCGGCGUGGACAGCGCAGCAGUGCCUGCUGGGGGGCGCGCGCCUGCCGGCGGCCUGCGGCAGCGUGGCGUUCCGGGACGGCUGUCCCGCCAACAACCUGGCUCGCAACCUGGAGCUCGUGCCCAAGCCUGGCGGCCUCCACAGCUUCCAGCUCUUCAUGGCCGGCGUCGCCCGCAAGCAGGGCGAGGCGGGGCAGGCGCCGCUGCUGCUGCCAGCCUGCGUCAGCGAUGAGGAGGGUGGCGACGCAGGCGCCUCGACGGCCGCCGUGCGUGCCGCGGAGGCCGCGGCGCGCCUGGCGCUGCAGCAGCUGUAUGGUGUGGCGGGGGCGGAGCGCGGCCGUGCCUACCUCUCGGCACUGCAUGAAGAAUACCUGGCGGCUUGGCAGCAGGAGUUCCCAUCGGUUUCGACAGCACAGUCUUGA